AUGUCCUGGAGAUCAACAGGCAGGACGAAUGAAGAAUUGGUUAAUAAUUUACGGAGCCAUAAUGUCAUAUCCUCUGAUCGGGUUCACAGUGUUAUGAUGACUGUUGACCGAGGUUAUUUUAUUGGACAUAAUCCUUACGAAGAUCGUCCACAAUCAAUUGGAUAUAGUGCAACAAUUAGUGCACCCCACAUGCACGCGUAUACUUUGAAUGUUCUCGAACCUAAACUGCAACCUGGAGCCCGUGUUCUAGACGUUGGAUCUGGAAGUGGAAUUUUGACGGCCUGUUUUGCUCUCAUGGUUGGCCCUAACGGUCUUGCUGUUGGAAUUGAACAUGUUGAGGAGUUGACACAUCUUUCUGCUCGAAACAUUCAAAAUUGGCUGAAUUCUCGUCCGAUGUAUAAUGGUUCUGCUGUGGAUUGCACUCUGGGAAAUAAUAUAUUAUUAGUUACUGGUGAUGGUCGUCAAGGCUAUCCUCCGCACGCUCCUUAUGAUCUCAUUCAUGUCGGCGCUGCUGCCCCUUCUAUUCCCCAGGAGGUGAUUUUGCACUGUUUUUAUUGUUUAUCGCAUCUUUUGUGUCUUAAGACUAUAUUUGUAAUCAUCCUUCAAGACCAUCGAAGUUAUCAAAUUUUUGAAAAUAAUUAUUCGAUAUUUUGUGUAAAUUUUUCUUGCUUUUUUUUCUGGAAUUUUUUAUGUCGUAUAGCUAAAUAUCUUCCCAUAAAAUUGUCAGUCUAG